AUCGUCCCCAAUUCAUCAUCGUCUUCGUCUCCAAUUGCCAAACCUUAGCGGUGCUUUUGAGCUUAAAUCAGUGAAUUCGCCGAUCCUUCAGCGAUGUCGGGACGUGGGAAGGGAGGCAAAGGGCUUGGCAAGGGAGGAGCGAAGCGUCAUCGCAAGGUACUGCGUGAUAACAUUCAAGGCAUCACCAAGCCGGCAAUUCGCCGCCUGGCUCGCCGUGGCGGAGUGAAGCGGAUAAGUGGGCUGAUCUACGAGGAGACGCGUGGUGUUCUUAAGAUAUUCCUUGAGAAUGUUAUCCGAGAUGCGGUGACGUACACGGAGCAUGCUCGCCGGAAGACUGUGACGGCGAUGGAUGUGGUGUACGCGCUUAAGCGUCAGGGACGCACUCUCUAUGGUUUCGGUGGUUAGGUAUUCCCGCAAAUAGUCUUGCUUUCAAAAAAAAGAGAAAUUUUUAGUGUUCUUAGUUCUGGGUUCUGUUGGAUGAUGUAAUGCUGCUGUUUUGUAGAUCCAGUUUUUAUGUGCUUUUUAGGGUUUCAUACUGAACAUCAUGGAAUCAAUCAUUAAGAAUGUUGGCAAGUUUAUCAAUGUUUCUUGGAUUGGUGUGAUUGUGCUUUCCUCAA